AUGUGGGCUUAUUUCGCAUUUAAAGGCACGAGCUGGAUUAAAUUUCUUUUGACUGAUUUAAUUAAUUAGCUAUUCGAAAUUUUUGAGAUUUGUUAACACGAUCUCUAAAUACAAAAAUAGUAAUUAAAUAAUUCUCAAGGAUCUAUUUUAGUUUCUUUGUUCUAUUUUUAAUUUAGAUAUAGACCUUAAAUCCAAUCACAUUAUUUUAUUACACACCCCUUUCUAUCUUUUUUUUUUUGUAUAGUGCCUUCCAUCGCACGAACAUCCACCCUCUUAACGAAUUUCACAGAUUGUUAAAUUCAAAAUAAAUUUAAAUCGCAUUUUUUCAUGCAUCAGUUUUAUGUAAUUAUAGAGUGA